UUCGGCAGAAUUCGGCCUCCGUCCUGGUCGGACAUGAAAAUAUGGCCUCCUCCGUCGCAGGUCGCGAAUUCCCCGUCAGGCGAACACAAAGGACUUGGCGGUCAGCUCUGUGAAGGAGAAUAAAGAGUUGAGUUCACUCUACAGAAGACUGGAAAGUUAAGUAGCAGCAUAUGAAGUGAAUACCAUCAUGGGGGUUCAAAGUUUAAGUGAAUGGCGGAUCCGUCGUGGUCCAUACCUUGGAGAAGUUUCAGCCCUCUGUUUUCUUCACCUUCCUUCUCAUUUCUCUUCUCUUCCUCUUCUCCUUGCUGGAAUGGGUUCCAAAAUUCUGACGUACAACUUGGAACUGGAAAAGAUGGUAAGAUCAUUCACAGUGUUCGAUGGCAUUCGCGUGCAUGGACUUGCGUCUGGUGUCAUGAGUAGCACACAACAGACUUCUGCUAUUGAGUUUGCCACUAAAAUUGCUGUUUAUGGGGAACGAAGAGUUAAAGUAUAUAGCUUCUCCGUUGAUACUGUCUCAGGAUACUCAAAUAAAUCAGGAUUCCGCCCACAAAUGACUCUGUUUCAUACGCUGCCUAAGUUCAGUCACUGGGUUUUGGAUGUUUGCUUCCUGAAGGGCUACUUAACUCAUUCCAACGAGGAAAGCCAUUUUCUCGUGGCCAUAGGAUGUAGCGAUAAUUCAGUUCAUGUCUGGGACGCCUUGAAGUCUGUUGCGGUUCUUAAAAUUCAAUCUCCAGUACGGUGCCUUUUAUACUCAAUGCGAUUGUGGGGUGACAAUCUUGAAGUUCUCCGUGUUGCAUCUGGCACUAUAUAUAAUGAGAUAAUUGUUUGGAAAGUGGGCCCCAAUCAUGAUGCUUCUAGUUUAAGAAGUGUAGCGGAAGACCAGGAUCACCAGAGCAUUUCAUUUUCUCUUUGUUACCAGCUAAGUAAUCAACAGUAUGAGGCUGUUCAUGUAUCCAAACUUGUUGGACAUGAAGGUUCAAUCUUUCGAAUAGCAUGGUCUUCGUGUGGAUCUAAACUCGUAUCAGUCUCUGAUGAUCGCAGUGCACGUGUCUGGGCGGUUCCUAUUAAAAGGGAAGAAUUGUUGGGCCAUGAUCCUGUUGCCCUUGUCUUAUUUGGUCAUAGUGCUCGAGUGUGGGACUGCUCCAUUUUUGAUUCUCUGAUUGUCACUGCCAGCGAGGACUGCACUUGUCGUAUAUGGGGAAUGGAUGGUGAACAGCUUCAGAUCAUUAGGGAGCACACAGGAAGGGGUAUAUGGAGAUGUUUGUACGAUCCAAACACUUCACUCCUAAUUACUGCUGGGUUUGAUUCUGCCAUCAAAGUGCAUCAGCCUUAUGCUUUAAUGUCUCGUGGCUUGACUGCAGCAAAAGAGAAACCUGAUAGAACUGAGACGUUCUCCAUUUGUAUCCCUAAUGCGUUGGAUGAAAUUGGGCUUAUGGACAGUAAGAGUGAAUAUGUCCGCUGUCUGCGUUUUGCCUGUGAGGAGAGUCUUUAUGUUGCUACAAAUCACGGCUAUCUCUAUAAUGCCAAAUUAUGUGGCUCUGGAGGUGCCCAGUGGACUCAACUUGUACAGGUCAGCAAUGGGGCACCGAUUAUCUGUAUGGAUUUAUUGUCUAAGGACUUUGUUGAACUUGACUGUGGUGCUGAGGAUUGGCUUGCUGUUGGAGAUGGUAAAGGAAAUAUGACAGUUAUUGGGGUUACUGAUGAUGAUUAUACUCCUACAGUGAAGUCAAGCUUUACCUGGUCUGCUGAAACGGAGAGACAGCUCUUGGGUACUCACUGGUGCAAAUCUCUAGGGCAUAGGUAUGUCUUCACAGCUGAUCCUAGAGGAACUUUGAAACUCUGGAGGUUGCCUGUCUGCUCACAAUCUAAUAUUCUCAGCCCCUUGAGGAGUUACAAUGUGUCUCAUAUAGCAACAUUCAUGUCAAGUUAUGGAAUACGGAUUAUGUGUUUGGAUGCUUGCAUGGAGGAAGAGGUCCUAGUGUGUGGAGAUCUACGUGGUAAUAUGUUUCUGUUCCCUUUGGCGAAGAGCAUGUUGGGGGAUGUGUCUCUUGCACAUGAAGUGAAGACAUCUCCAAUAAAUCAUUUCAAAGGAGUCCAUGGAAUUUCAAGUGUGUCCAGUGUUUCUGUGGCUCUGCUCGGUUCUAAUCAAAUUGAAAUAUGCUCAACAGGAGCAGAUGGUUGUAUAUGCUAUCUGGAAUAUGAUAGAGGUCUUCAGAAUUUGCAAUUUACGGGGAUGAAGCAAGUGAAAGAGUUGAGUUUAAUUGAGCAUGCCUCUAUGAAUAAUAACUCUGCUCAUACAUUGUCAAGGAACUAUGCAGCAGGUUUUGCAUCAGUAGAUUUCAUAAUAUGGAAUUUAGUUAGUGAGACUAAGGUUGUGAAAAUUCCAUGUGGUGGAUGGCGCCGUCCUCAUUCUCAUUAUUUGGGUGAUGUACCUGAGAUGAAGAACUGCUUUGCCUUUGUCAAGGAUGAAAUGAUUUAUAUCCAUAAACAUUGGGUUAGUGAUGAAGACAGGAAGAUAUACCCUCAGAGUUUGCAUAUGCAGUUCCAUGGGAGAGAGAUGCAUUCCUUGUGCUUUAUCUCUGGAGACAUGCCCCUUGGAAACAAUUAUAAACAUAACCUAUAUUCUAAUUUUUGUUUGAUUGCAACUGGUUGUGAAGAUGGAACAGUCAGGUUGACUUGGUACUCUUCGGGUAUUGAAAACUGGUCCACAUCCAAAUUGCUUGGUGAACAUGUUGGGGGAUCAGCUGUAAGGUCGUUGUGCUGUGUGUCAAAACUCCAUAUUAUUUCCUCACGUGCAACUAAUUUAUGUGACGAGAGGGGUGAACCAAAUGCUGCUAUUGAGGACCAAGAUAAUCCAAUUUUACUGAUUUCAGUUGGUGCCAAGCGUGUGUUGACUUCUUGGAUACUAAAAAAUAGGAGGCUAGACAACAAGAAAGACAUUCCAGUUGAUCAGCAAUAUACUUCAGAUGGAAAUGAUGGGGAGUUCUGGUCAAAUUUCUCCUCUUCAUUGACAUUCCAGUGGCUUUCCACUGAUAUGCCAGCCAAAUAUGCAAGCACACGCAAAAAUCCUGAAAAUGAUGCAAAGAAAGUAGUUGAGAGUGCUGAAAAUGCUUAUGAUGCCAAAAUCGAUGUUAAACCUGGAUCACUGUUGCCUGAAAGGGCAAUGGACCUUGUCAGAGAUAAGCAUGAUGAUGACUGGAGAUAUCUUGCAGUCACUGCUUUUCAUGUUAAAUGUGCUGGUUCUAGGAUAUCUGUCUGUUUUGUUGUCGUUGCUUGUUCAGAUGCUACACUUACAUUACGGGCUUUGAUUUUGCCAUUUCGCUUAUGGUUUGAUGUUGCUAUGCUUACUCCUUUAUCUGCACCAGUUUUGUCAUUGCAGCAGAUAAUUUUCCCUACAUGUCAGCCUGCUCAAGAUAACAUCCAGGCGGGAGGUGUUUAUAUUGUGAUUAGUGGGUCUACGGAUGGGAAUGUUGCCUUUUGGGACCUAACUGACAGUGUUGAAGCUUUUAUGGAGCGGGUGUCAGUUCCUAGCAUAGAGAAGUUCUUUGAUUGUCAAAAACGUCCACGAACCGGAAGAGGAAGUCAAGGUGGUAGAUGGUGGAGAUCUUUAAGCAGUAGCUUAUCGAAGAAAAAACAAGACAAUAAUAUUGUUCGCUCAAAAGUUAAAGAUGAGUAUGGGUCCAUCAAUUGCACUGUGAAUGGGACCUCUUCAACAACAAAUGAUCAUCAAAACCACAACACAGCUUGUUCUCAAUCCUUGCAUUCAUCUUCCUUUGAGUCAGAAAUCAACAAUCAUAACCCCUCACCCGAAGUAUGUGAAAUACCGCCCAUACAUAUUCUGGAGGAAAUUCAUCAGUCUGGCGUCAAUUGUCUCCAUGUGUCGGAGAUAAAAUGUGGUCAAAGCACUGAUAGAUGUCAUGUGUGCAGUAUUAUUAGUGGGGGUGAUGACCAGGCGCUAAACCAUCUUUUAGUUGAAUUAUCAUCUAACUCAACAAAUUCAAAUACAGAGAUUAUGAGUCGAGAUAUAGAAAAUGUGGUGUCUGAACCUAAACAUCAAAAGGACGUCCACUAUCAUAGUUGGAGCAUGAAAGACAGGAUUAGAUUCUUACGUUGCGAAAAAUUCCCCUCAGCCCACAGCUCUGCUGUGAAAGGUGUGUGGACGGACGGUUCUUGGGUAUUCUCCGCUGGACUUGAUCAGCGAAUCAGAUGUUGGCAUAUUGAGGAUAGUAAACUAAGCGAGCAUGCGCAUAUGGUAGUGAGUGUGCCAGAGCCUGAAGCAUUAAGUGCUCGAACUUGUGGAAGGAACCUGUAUCAGAUUGCUGUUGCGGGAAGAGGGAUGCAAAUGGUUGAUUUUUAUGCAGUUUGACCCGACACUGAUAUUAGUGUUUCUCCUUCCUCUUGCAUCGGAGAUGGAGGUUCAUUUUUUUCAACCUUCGCUUUAUAGUCAUGGGUGCCGCAUGUACCCAAGCUUUUUGGGGCGUAUAUCUUCUACCUUGGCCUAAUGUCAGGGAUGUAAAAUGUGAUUUUGGUUCUUGCUCAUGCAAUCAUUUCCCAAACGUGUCGUCAUACUUCAGAGAUGAGUCUGCUGAGAAAAUUUAGGGAGAUGUGAGCAAAUAAAGUUUUGUAUGUAUACAUAUGAUAAGAUUUAGAAACUACUGCCUUUGGUUCCUUAAUAUAAUAACUAGUUUUGUAGUGGUUUCUAAAUCUUACGGAUUUUUCUCCAUUUUGGGGACGCUGGCUAUUAAAUUUAUAACCUUUUGGUUAACUCUACUCA